AUUGUUAUAUUUUCUUUUAAAAAUAAUAAUUGAUUAAUGGUCUACGAAUUGUCCUUGAUGGAUUUCUUGUUGUUAAUGAAUAAUCCUUCACAUCUAAAAGUAUAAAGCUCUUUAUUAUUAAAGCUCUAAAAGCUAAGAAAGAAAAAUGGAACGUCGUGGACGUAUACCUGUUGCAACAUUUCGUACACAGGAAGGUAAAACUCGAAGUCGCAGCCGUGUGAGAGAACCAGAUUAUAAUGAACAAGAUCCCGAAACUGAUCUCUUCACUUUAUUAGAGGAUAAUAUUGCUUUGAAAGAGGAGAAUAAAGCACUUAAAAUCGAAAUUGAAGAACAAAAAAAACAACAAAGUCAACUUGCGUCACAGCAUACGAAUGUUUGCGAAGAAUUACAAAUGCUUAGGAAAGAUCAGGCGAAUAUUGAUGUGCAAAUCAAAGAACUGACUACGAAAUGUUCCAAGGUACAAGGCGAACGUAAUGCCUUAGAUAAGCUACAUAAAAUGAAAGUUGAUAUUAUUAAUAGUUUAACAAACGAACUAAACUUGCUACAGGACAGACAACAGGAAAGUAAUCCUAACAUAAUGGUCAGUUCGGAUGCACUUAAAGGCAAAUUACUUAAAAUUUUGCCUAGUUUAAAUAGCAAUGAAAUGGAAAGCCUCAUUGAUGUUGAGUCUGCUGUUAGUGUACCCAUAACUAAUGAUCUGAUCGAACGUUUAGUAGAUGAAUUUAUGACACUGAAGAAUUCAAUGAAUGCUGUAGAACUACAACUUUAUGAAGCAAAUGAAAAGAUUGCUGAAUUAGUUGAGAACCAACAUCAUUUAGAAGAGGAGAAUGAAAAUUUACGUACAGAAAAUACAAAUCUAACUAAAGUUGCUAAAUUAUUGACUGAAAAUAUGAAGGAAAGCGUUGAAACUAGCAAAAAAAUGGAAGCAGCUCUUAUUAAGUUAAAACAACGUAACGAUGACUUGACAUCUAAAUUGCGUGAUGCACCAGAUGGUUUACCUGCACCGAGUCCUUCUCCUACCACAAUUAAAGCUAACGAAGAAUUUGAGAAAAUAAAGGAGGAAGUCGAAAUACAAAACAGAGAUCAUGGAGAACGUAUUGUCGAAAUGAAGAGUCUUAUGGAUGCGGCUAUACAAAAAAAUACUAACGAUGAACUAAAAACCUUACAACUUAAAUUGGAAAUUAUGGAAGCUGAACUGCAUAAGGCGAUUGCACGUGCCGAACUUGCCGAAAAUGAACUAGAAAAGUACAAAACAAAAGUUGAACCAACUGUGCUACUAGCGCCACCACCACCACCUCCGCCACCACCACCACCACCUAUGCCUGCUACUUUGCUUUAUAAGCCUCCAACUAGUUACUUGCAUGCAAAUCGUUUUACGAAUUUAGAUGGUGAUGGUGAAGGUGUGGGUGGCGGUGACGGUGACGGUGGGGCAGCUGGUUCAUUCAGCGACAGAAUUGCGUCGCACACUUUUCUACAACAACGAAAUUGUGGUGAUAAAAUAAUUGGUACUGUUAAGCAACAAGUGCAACCAGAAGCUGCAACAGGUCUUGACGCUUUAGUACGUGAAUUCAAAUCUGGGCGUGUGACAUUACGUCGAAAUCGUCGCAAAACGAAAACCAACGAUGCAUUGCAGGAAAUGUUCCAAGUCUUAGAAAUAAGUCAGAAACAAAAUAGGGACUCUAAAAUAUGUAUCGAUAUGCAUAUCUAAAAAACUUUCAUUAUUCUACUAUAACCAUAAUCUAGCUCGCAUCUCAAUUUAACCUCUGCCAAACGUCUUCAACAACGAAUAUACGACUUCUUCAUCAAAAGGAAUCAAUAAUACUUAAGUGCCUUAUACUUACAAUUUAAUAUAUCUAUUUUAAAUAUCCAUCAAUAUGAUGGAUCAAUAUAUACAUACAUAUAUACUAAAAAUUAACUGGCUUAUUGCUUUUUAUACGCUUCUUGUGAAAUCAAACUAUAAUACAUAUUUUAAAUAUUAAAUAUUAAAUAUUUUAUAUAAUCUUUUUUGCUCUUAACUACACGCUUAAAGCUUAUUUCUUCUGUG